GCUAGUUAACAUAGAACGCUCCAAUAGGAGAAAUAAAUGGCAGAUUGGGCUCCAAUUGUUAUAGGCUUGAUCUUGUUUGUGUUAUUUUCACCUGGAUUACUAUUUCAGCUACCAGGCAAAGGCAGGGUGGUGGAAUUUGUCAAUUUCCAAACAAGUGCUAUUUCCAUUUUUGUUCAUUCCCUUCUCUUCUUUGGAUUUAUGGUUAUCUUUAUUGUUGCCAUUGAUGUUCAUAUCUACAGUGGUUAAGUGAUCGUUCACCCAUGGUUUUGAUUUGUGGUCUCUACAACGAUAUAAAAGAUUUUGAGGUAUCUGCAACAAUAUAAUAACCUCAAAUUCGACUAUAUCUAUCACAUUUUUCUGCAAUAUAAAAGUUCGCAGCGUAACUGCAACACCACCUUUCUUUGCAUAUUUAGGUAUAUUCAAUUAAAUUUAUACACCUUUCAGUUAUACACGCUUUUAGUUUAUUAAAAAAAAAAAAAGUUAUACACGCUUUUAGUGUUGUAGAAAUGAGCAUUUUUGUGAUCGCAUAAAAAGUUGUUCUUCCUAAUGCCCUGCUUCUUUGUUAUCAAUAUGGUGAGCUUGUUAUUUUGUAUUCAACAAUUUUAGUGUGAAAACUUUGAUGAGUUUUCUGCUAGUGAUUUCUUAAAAACCACAAAAGAAAUUGUACUUAAACAGCAGAAACUUAAGUUAAAGGAUCAAAGUAUACCUACAACCGUUGCUCUUGUUUGAAGAUGUUGAGACUCUUCUAAACCUUCCACAAUCUCACUUUGAUGAUGUAAGAUUUCUGAAUAAAAAUGUUAGACUUAGGGAACCAAAGCUGAUGAAUUACAAGCCUUUAUAUAAUUUCUGUCGUCAAGAAGUUAGCGUACAUGCAAAAAUAAUGUAACCGCUCCACAAUCUGAAGGAAGUUAGUGGGCAAUUACUACAAAGAAGGAAAGA